GUGUAUUAGUGAAGUUUCUUCUAGUUUCUCCAGCCCUGAUCGCCGCUCAGUGUGGCUUUGCGCACAGCGGAGGAGAUUUAAAAAGAGAGGGGGGGGGGAGGCAGGGGAGGAAAAAAUAAAUAAAUAAAUAAAAGCGCGCCGCCGCGAUGUUCUCCAGCAGCCCCCGCGUGGCUCUCGCCCUGUGUCUGUGGAUUACCGCCUCGUGGAGCCCGGGCAGCGCCGGUGCCAAGCGGCACGACGAGUCCUUCGCCACGGACAGCAUCUACCGCGCGAGAUGCGCGUCCAGGUGCCUGAGCCUGCACAUCACGCGCAUACCCGCCUUCUUCACGCAUUUCCAGGGCAAUGGGUCUUUGGUGUGGUGUCAGAACCAUAAGCAGUGCUCAAAGUGCUUAGAGCCCUGCAAAGGAUCAUGGGACUUGAAGGAGAACCAGUGUCAGGACUUGUGCGAGCCCUUGUUCCCCAAGAAGCACUACGAGUGCUUGACCAGCUGCGAGUUCCUUAAGUCGGUGGAGACUCUGAAGCAGGGAGACUGUCCCGCUCCAGAGAAGGCCAGCGGCUUCGCGGCUGCCUGCGUGGAGAGCUGCGAGGAGGAUGGGGAAUGCUCCUCAGUCAAGAAGUGCUGCUCCAAUGGCUGUGGGCACACCUGCCAGGUGCCCAGGAACCUCUAUAAAGGUGCUCCCUUGAAACCCAGAAAAGACCUGAGUUUCUCAGAGCUCCCAUCUGGCCAGCUGGAGAUCCGCUGGUCCUCAAAGUUCAACAUUUCUGUGGAGCCUGUUUUAUACGUGGUCCAGCGUAGGUGGAACUACGGCAUACACCCCAGUGAGGACGAUGCCUCGGAGUGGGAGACGGUUGCACAGACCGCAGAAGAACGGCUCCAACUGGCCGACAUCAGAGCCAGCAGGUGGUACCAGUUCCGCGUGGCUGCAGUCAACGUCCAUGGGACUCGAGGCUUCACAGCCCCUAGCAAGCACUUCCGCUCUUCUCGAGAUCCCUCUGCACCACCUACUCCAGUCAACCUGAAGAUCACUAAUGUGAGCAUGACUGUGGAGGGAACAAUGACCGCUCGACUCAGCUGGACAUUGCCUGAAGAACCCGACAUCCCGGUGCACCACUACAAGGUUUUCUGGAGUUGGGCCGCCAGUGGCAAGAGCGCCAGGAAGAAGAGGAGAAAGACAGCCAGCGGGGCCCACAGCUUCGUGGAUCUGGAGGGUCUCCAGGCCAACAGCAGCUACACUGUGGAGCUGCAGGCCAUCAGCUACUGGGGGCAGGUUCGUCUGAAGAGCUCCAAAGCAUCCCUCCGCUUUGGCACGGCCCAGCCCAACAACACAAAAGAGCCAUUGUUAAAGGGGAAGAAAGCUGAGAUGCUGUCCAUAGGAGGCAGCCUUGCAAAACGACCCCUGUCCGCACUGGAGGUGGGCACACCCUUCUACCAGGAUGGACAGCUGCAAGUCCGAGUCUACUGGAAGAAAACACAAGACCCGGGAGUGAGGCGGUACAAUGUUCAGUGGAUGCCGGAGUUCUGCAGCCACAAUGAGACCACAGAGCCGGGCAAAUCUGUCACCCAGGAAAACUACGUGAACCUCCCCGGCCUGCUGUUCGCCUGCAAGUACAAAGUCGCCGUCCAUACGAUUAAGUCAAAGGGGCGAUCCAAGGCGGAGACCACUACCUUUCUCACCCCACCUUGCUCUGUUGUCCAGGCAAAGAGCCACAAGCCCAUCCACUGUCACGGAGAAGGAGGAACAACGCUUCCCAAAGUGUUGACCAGAACGGAGAAUCUCACAGCGUCCUUUUCUGUCCACGAGGGAAACAUCACGGGGAACUUUUUUUGGAAAGUGUCGAGGCCCCUCCCACACCAACUCGUUACGGGGUUCCAGGUCACCUGGGCCGAGGUCACAACAGAGAGCCGUCAGAACAGCUUACCCAACAGCAUCAUCUCCCAGUCUCAGAUACUGCCGCCAGACCACAAUCUCUUGGUGGUUUCGAACCUGCGACCAGCAACGUACUAUAGAUUGGAAGUCCAGGUGAUAACCACUGGAGGGGAGGGUCCGGCCACCUUUAAGACAUUCCAGACACCCGCUGUAGUGCCGGUUCAUCCACACCGACCGAAACUCAGGCAACAUCACCCGCAUCACCAGAGGACACCGGCAGAGAAGCACUGAGGCUCCGUUCUGACCAUCAGAACCAGACCUGGUCUCACUGGCCACCACAACAAAGUGAAGGAGUGCAAAACUAAAAGUGAACAGGACCUGAAUGGGACUCCCGUGUUUCUGUCCAUUUCCGUGCGGCGGGAUAUCGUCUGUGGGUCGGGUCGGCGCGCGCUUGGCCCUCGGCCCAAUUCCGCUCAUCACGCCCGGGUCAGCCCAAGCCCACACUUGUCUUGCUCCUCGCCAAGCCCCACCUAUGUGGGGCCACAUCAUGACGACCCAGCAAGAGUUGCACUUUGUAGACCGCUGCUCCGCGACCGUGCGAACUGAGAAUGCAUCUUUGUGACGUGUGGUCGGGAUAACGGUGAGGUUUGGAGGAAUUUCUGUCAGAAUCAUUUAACCGUCAGUCUGCAAAUAAAGGAAACGUUGCAAAAAAAAAAAAAAAAAAAUCAAAAAAGAACGAAGGCUGCGUAGCAGAAUUGAAAAGAGAAUCAUUAUAAAUGUCCGUAAGGAGACUCGUCAGGUCAAAUGUUUGCGGCAUCGUGUCAGAAAAGGAAAGGUCGUAAACAGUACUGUUGGACUGCGUAACUAAAGCCAAUGUUGUUUUGACCGGAAAGACAUUAAAUAUGCAUUGCAUGUAGAAAUCCCUUUGAUUAAAGCUGUAAAGAAGUCCACAGCCUAAAACCUCUUUUCUAAGGUUUUGCAUGACAAAACAUAUUGUCCAGUUCUAGGCCUGCAAUACAUCUAUGUUACCUCUUUUGAAUAUAUUAUCAAGAUUAUGCUAAGUGACUAAUAGACAUCUCUAUGGAAAUUAAUAUCUACAGUUUAGUAAUAGACCGAUAAUUUAGAGUGAAAAUAAUGGAGUUAUGUGUUACGUGCUUAAUUUCGUGUAGAAAUAUACUUGUGGUACAGUAAAUAAAUGUCUAUUUAUUUAUGUAUGUAUUACAAAGUUCGAUGCGUGUGUGAGUGCGUGCGUGUUUUCGUCACUCUUUAAAUGGCAAAAAUUAUUGUAAAGGCAUUUUGUAAAAAAGUGAAUUGUAAAUACAGUCUGUGUCAUGUUCCAUGUUAUAUUUUGUGUCAGAAAAUGUGCUGUACAUAUUGUCAGUUAAUAAAAGAAU